GCAGUGACAGACGCAUGCGCGGUGUGGUUGUCAGCGGGUUGGUUGGGCUUGUGUUUACAGCUCGGCUGGAUGCUGUUGUCUGCUGAUGUUAUUUGGGAAGUGCAAUGUUGUGCCAGCCGCCGUUGGAAUAAAAAUAAAAGUGGGAACCAAGGGGAUUUUGCUCAUCAUCUCCCACCACUUCCGCCUUCCGUCUUCCAUUCAUGAGCAGCGUGGCUGAAUUUAACAGCGGCAGCCAUGGAUGACAAGGGCUCGGUGGGGAAGAUUAGCGUGUCUUCAGACUCAGUGUCCACUCUCAACAGUGAGGACUUUGUCCUUGUGUCCCGGCUGGGGGACGAGACACCCUCCUCUACUAAUAAUGGUAGUGAUGACGAAAAGACAGGACUGAAGGUGAUUUCUGAGGAAGGGGUCAGCUUUAAGAUUGUAGGCAAUGGAAGUGAGCAGCAGCUUCAAAGGGAGCUAGAAGAUGUCCUCAUGGACCCAUCAAUGGCUGACGCUGGCCUUGCGUCAGAAGCAAGGAUGGAUGAUCUCGGUAGGGGCGAUCAUGCCCUUUAUACCACAGCGUCACCUGUAGCCCCAGGCACUGACCCUCUGAGCGCACCCCCACCACCACCCAAGCUGGAAAUGGUGCUUCCUGUUCAGACAGCCCAAGAGAGUGAGCUGAAUGAGAGGUCAUACAGAGCUGAUGAAUCAUCAUCAGAAGGUAGUCCUGGCAGCCCCAUCCCAGAUGAGGACAGCGUCGUGUUCAGCCAGCUGACAUAUCUAGGAUGUGCCUCAGUCAAUGCCCCCCGGAGUGAGGUAGAGGCCCUCCGUAUGAUGAGUAUCCUCAGAGGGCAGUGCCAACUCCCCCUGGAUGUUACACUGUCUGUGCCAGGCGUGUCUGAAGGGACUGUCAGGUUGUUGGAUCCACACAACAACACUGAGAUUGCCAACUAUCCGAUCUAUAAGAUUUUGUUCUGCGUACGAGGCCAUGAUGGCACACCGGAGAGUGACUGCUUUGCCUUCACUGAGAGCCACUACAAUGCUGAGAUCUUCAGGAUCCAUGUUUUUCGCUGCCAAAUCCAAGAGGCGGUUAGUAGGAUACUGUACAGCUUUGCCACAGCCUUUCGGCGGUCAGCUAAGAGGGCAGUUCUGUCGUCUCAGCAGGCUCCCCCUCUCACCCCUGACAGUGACUUGUUUACAUUUACUGUCAGCCUGGAGAUUAGGGAGGACGAUGGCAAGGGUACUUUCAGCGCUGUGGCAAAAGACAAGGACAAGCAAAGCUUCAAGCUGCGUGCAGGACUGGACAAGAAAAUUGUCAUCUAUGUUCAGCAAACCUCAAAUAAAGAACUGGCUAUUGAGAGGUGUUUUGGACUCCUGCUCAGCCCUGGGAAAAAUGUGAAGAACAGUGACAUGCACUUGCUAGACCUGGAGUCAAUGGGAAAGAGCUCAGACGGGAAGUCUUACAUCAUCACAGGAAGUUGGAACCCCAACACGCCUCAGUUCCAGGCUGUGAAUGAGGAAACGCCUAAAGAUAAAUUCAUGUACAUGACAACAGCAGUGGACCUGGUGAUUACAGAGGUGGAAGAGCCCGUUCGUUUUCUUCUGGAGACGAGGGUCAGAGUGUGCUCCCCAAACGACAGGCUGUUCUGGCCCUUCAGCAAGCGCAGCUACACCGAGACUUUCUACCUUAAACUGCGACAGAUGGAGCGUAAAGAGCGUAAGAGCCCUGCCUCUGACACACUGUAUGAGGUGGUGAGUUUGGAAAGUGAAACUGAGAGAGAAAAAAGGAAGACCACAGCCAGUCCCAGUAUCCUGCCAACUGGGCCUGGCGGGAUGGUCCCUUCCCCACCCGAGGACGAUGAAGAGGAAGAUAAUGACGAGCCCUUACUUAGCGGUUCCGGUGAUGUUUCAAAGGAGUGUGCAGAGAAGAUCCUGGAGACGUGGGGAGAUUUGUUAUCCAAGUGGCACAUGAACUUAUCAGUGCGUCCCAGACAGCUGCCAGCUUUGGUGCGGAGCGGCAUUCCUGAGGCACUGCGUGGGGAGGUUUGGCAGCUCCUGGCAGGCUGUCAUAACAAUGACCACCUGGUAGAAGAGUACCGCACACUCAUUACAAAGGAGUCCCCUCAGGACAGCGCCAUCACCAGGGACAUUAACCGGACAUUUCCAGCUCACGACUACUUCAAAGACACUGGAGGAGAUGGACAAGACUCCCUCUAUAAGAUCUGCAAGGCUUAUUCUGUUUACGAUGAGGAGAUCGGGUACUGCCAGGGACAGUCCUUCUUGGCUGCAGUGCUGCUGUUGCACAUGCCAGAGGAGCAAGCAUUCAGUGUCCUGGUGAAGAUCAUGUUUGAUUAUGGGCUCAGGGAUCUUUUCAAGCAAAACUUUGAAGAUCUUCAUUGCAAGUUCUUUCAACUUGAGAGACUUAUGCAGGAAUAUAUACCAGACCUGUACAACCAUUUCCUGAAUGUGGGCCUGGAGGCUCACAUGUACGCCUCACAGUGGUUCCUCACUCUCUUCACAGCCAAGUUCCCCCUCUACAUGGUCUUCCAUAUAAUCGACCUGCUGCUGUGCGAGGGCAUUAGUGUAAUCUUCAAUGUGGCCUUGGCACUUUUAAAGACAUCGAAAGAUGAUCUAAUCCAAACAGACUUCGAGGGUGCUCUCAAAUUCUUUCGCGUCCCUGUUCCGAAGAGGUACCGCUCCGAGGAAAACGCAAAGAAACUGAUGGAGCUGGCCUGUAGCAUGAAGAUCAGCCAGAAGAAACUGAAGAAAUAUGAAAAGGAGUACCACACCAUACGGGAGCAGCAAGAGCAACAGGAGGCCCCCAUCGAGAGAUAUGAGCGGGAGAAUCGGCGUUUGCAAGAGGCCAACAUGCGUCUGGAGCAAGAAAAUGAUGACUUGGCACAUGAACUAGUUAGCAGCAAGAUAGCCCUGCGCAAAGACCUUGACAAUGCCGAGGAGAAAGCGGACGCCCUAAAUAAAGAGUUGCUGCUGACCAAACAGAAGCUGAUUGAGUCGGAGGAUGAGAAGAGGCGGCUGGAGGAAGAGUCUGCACAGCUGAAGGAGAUGUGCAGACGAGAGCUCGAUAAGUCUGAAUCAGAAAUUAAGAAGAACGGGUCCAUUAUUGGAGAAUAUAAGCAGAUCUGCUCCCAGCUGAGCGAACGACUAGAGAAACAACAGACGGCUACGCGAGGAGAACUCGAGAAAAUCAGGGCGAAAGUUGAAGGCUGCGAGAAAUGCAGCAGUCUUUUCAACAAGGAGGGACGGGUACGGGCCGCUGUGACCACAGCAUCUGCCGGGGGAGCCGAGGAGACCGAUGAAGAGAAGGAGGCUCUGAAAAACCAGCUGAGGGAGAUGGAGCUGGAACUAGCUCAGACCAAACUGCAGCUGGUGGAGGCCGAGUGCAAAAUCCAGGAUCUGGAGCACCACCUGGGUCUGGCUCUCAAUGAGGUGCAGGCCGCCAAGAAGACCUGGUUCAACCGCACACUCAGCUCCAUCAAAACCGUCACUGGGACCCAGGGCAAGGAGACCACCUAACCUAACAUUCCCUAUCCACCCAGUUUCGACCGGAUUAUGUCUGGAGAUCGGCGCAACUCAUCACGCCGAAACCUCCGGACCUCUAACGUAACCCACCAGGCCAUAACUUUGACAUGAACAUUAGCCGUUAAAUCCCAGGAUCACUUUGCUACAGGCUGUGUUCCUCCUAACAACAAUAUCGUCGUGUUUCCCUCAUUCCUGAUCUAAUCUGCCCAGCACAAAUCCCGAACGACUGCAGCCAACUGAUGAGAAGGGGUUGCAAACAUGAGAUGAAUGAAUUACAGCAGUACCACUCUCUGAGACAGUGUGCUUCCAGCAGUCACAUAAAGACAAGUGUUUAAAAAUGAAAAUAACAAAAAAACAGCAUAAUUAUUUCUGUCUUUGUACUGCUGAUAUUAAAGACCCACAGAAGGAAGGUAAGGACACCUGAAAUGUCUUUGUCCUUACGGGAUAGAGAAGAAAACACUCCGUCCUUCCUUGCCGCUCUGUGUGCACUUCCCUUCUAAACUACUGGCACAAAACUACCAGUCCCUGUAAAUGUUUUGUUUUAGGUACGAGAGCUAAUAGAUGCCUUUUUGAAACGGAGCAUUUUCUAAUUUACGUUGAACAAUACCUUUUGUUGUUGUCUGUUUUGUUUUGCUUUUUUCUCGUACCUUGUCAAAUAUGCUUGCGUAAAGGGGAAACGUAUGUGUGAAUGUAAGAGCGCAUGUUAAUUUGCUUUGUUUUCGACUGUGAGGUGAUGUUUGAGUGGAUAGAUAUUUGACUAAAAUAAUGUGCAAAACUGUGUGUGUUCAAAAGAAAGAGCUGGAAAGUGUGCGUAAGCCCUAGGGAAAGAAAAAGCACUAAGGUUGUGAAUGUACGCCUGCAUGCAAGCUGUUUGUCUAGUCUGCUUCAAUGUUCAAGCGUGUAUAUGAACGAUGCUAACAAGAGGUUUGAUGACAAAGCCUUGAUCUGAAGGUUGGUAAAAAGUGGUUGGUAUAAUUAUGUAAUUUAUGAUAAAAGCUGCUGUAAUGUUAACCGACAGCUUAACCUUUCCUCGUGUCAAAUUUCACACGCAGGGUUUGUUUGGUUUGGGUCACUUGGCGCAAAGAAAAGCUCAAAACCACGCAAACCUCUGUGUGUGCUGCACAAGCGUACUGUGAGAGUGCGAGGAUAGCUGAAACACACAGCGAUGCAUCGUUUGCCAGAAAGCUUAUGCACUGCUUAGAGGAAGUCUGAAUCGGAAAACACACACAGACAGAAAGUUUGAUUUCCUACUGCACUGAAGCCCACCUUUAAGCCCCGCCUUCCUCUACCCACGCCUCCAGCUGCACUGCAAUCUUUGACCUUUUGACCAAGGUCCCAUUUAAUCCUUGGUUGUGCAGCACGCCAGGCACAUUUCAGUCACACUUUUGGUUGUUAAAAAACACUGAACUAAAAUGCAGACACACAUGUGUGUGUAAAUAUAUAUAUUUUUUAAAAAAGCUAGUUAAAAGUAGUCCCUCAUGUCCACCUGCACAGAAGGUUAUAAUAACAUGAGAUCUGAAAGAAGAUAUGCAGUUAGCAGCAAAACCGUGCUCUGUCAACGAGAGGUCAGUCCAAAACACCAGCAUGAAGGACACAGACGAGAGCGGAGAAUAACCAGAUAACGCAUGACAUCACAAGACCUGGGUGUUUGAUGAUGCAACAAGUUAAAGUUUGCGUUGUUGUGUGUCUCUAUGCUAUUAAGUCCAGUAUCCAGUCAGAGGUAGCAUCGAGGGAUUAGAUUGCUUUACUGGCUUCCAACGCAGAGCAAAAGCCCCGCUAACCCCACCCCCCAACAGAUCGAUGAAUCCGUGCCUCGGAGCAUUCGACGUGCUCAAUCAGAUCACAGUGCUGAGGAGACUUAAACAUUAAGGUGGCGACCGACACUCCUGCGAACGCAGGGACAGAAAGGCCACACAUGUGAAGACACCUGUGAGCAGCUCAGGAGUGUGGAUCAGGAUAAUCCGUCUGUGGGGGUUGAUGUAAAAAAGUGCUUGUGUGUUUUCAUAUUUAGCCAACUCAAAAGGGAGCUCAUCAAUAUUCUAGUUUCUAUUCAUAAUUUACUGCAAGACUGAAAAAAAAUGAGAAAAAGCGCAAUUUUUCAAACUUACUGUAAAUUGUAUAAAUUCUGAUAUGAAAGGUGUAAUCUGAUUGGCUUGUAUUCUAGUGAUGUCAGAGGAGGAGUCCGCAUGAAGUUGAAAGAAACUAAGGGCCAUCCCUCUAAAGGCACUGGGUUGUAAAUAAGAAACAUUAAAAAAAACAAAAAACCUAAAUAUUGAGUUUUUGUUUAUGAUUUUCUACUCUGUAACUAUAACUAAUGAUGCCUACUUGUACCCACCCACCUGCUGCCGUGCUACAGUUUGAUUCACAACAGUGUUUUAAUGUUCGUUUGUUUAUUUGGGGCUCUUUUUUUUGGCUCUAAGCUUUUCAGUCAGACUGCUGUUUGGUUAAUUAAAUGCCAAAACGUAGCUUUAUCAUCCAACGACAAAAACAUUAUCAACGUGUGCAAAUUGUAAUAGUGUAGAAUGCACUGUGUAUACUUCAUGAAUUUCAAUAUAAAGAUAUCAACAGAA